CAAACCGUUUCAAUGGGGGAUAUGUUUCGCAGCGAAAAGAUGGCCUUGUGCCAGCUUUUUAUCCAACCUGAAGCUGGUUAUACUACCAUUUCUGAGUUAGGCGAGAUCGGUUGUGUACAGUUUCGUGACUUGAAUACCAAUGUCAAUUCCUUUCAACGACGAUACGUCAGUGAGGUGCGACGUUGCGAUGAGCUUGAGCGACAAAUGCAUUACAUUGAAAAUGAACUGAAGAAGGAUGGUGUGGUAUUGCCCGAGUUAACAGAGAACCCUCCACGUGCGCCGAAUCCUCGUGAAAUAAGCGACCUUGAGACUACUAUGGAUAGAGUAGAGACGGAAAUACGCGAGCUCGCUCAAAAUAAUGAAAAUCUGAAGUUAAACUACUUGGAACUUACUGAGUUAUGCAUGGUUUUAGAUAAAACACAAAAUUUCUUUCGAGAUGUUAUGGACACUCCGUUCCACUUUGGUGAUAAUGAGACGCAGCCGCACGUGGGACAAGGACAAUUGGGUUUCGUGGCUGGCGUCUUGAAUCGCGAGCGUUCGUUCGCUUUUGAGCGUAUGUUGUGGCGCAUCUCGCGCGGUAACGUAUUUGUGAGGCGCGUUGAUUUGGAAGAACCUUCCUUAGAUCCAAACACUGGUCUUCAGGUAUACAAGACAGUUUUCGUUGUGUUUUAUCAGGGAGCGCAAUUGAACACACGCAUCAAGAAAGUAUGCAAUGGCUUCCGUUCUUCACUUUAUCCCUGUCCGGCGGAGCGUGCCGAGCGUGAAGAAAUGCUGCGCGGCGUAAAGACACGUUUGGAGGACUUGAAGUUGGUGAUGAGUCAAACUGCUGAUCAUAGGCGUUUAGUGCUGUCCAACACUAUCAAAAAUCUACCACGGUGGAUUAUAAUGGUCAAGAAAAUGAAGGCCAUAUACCACAUGCUCAAUAUGUGCAAUGUGGACGUGACUAAAAAGUGUCUUAUAGCCGAGGGCUGGGUGCCAAGGAAAGACCUGACGAAUGUUACGGACGCGCUGGCAGUUGGCUCGGCAGCUGUGGGCAGUACAGUGCCGUCGUUUCUAAAUGAGCUGGAGACACAGAAAUCACCACCCACUUUUAAUCGUGUCAAUAAGUUUACGGACGGUUUUCAGCAUCUGAUCGACGCCUAUGGUAUGGCCGACUAUCGGGAAGUAAAUCCGGCGCUCUACACUUGCAUUACGUUCCCCUUCCUCUUUGCGGUUAUGUUCGGCGAUUUAGGCCAUGGCUUCUGUAUAUUUCUUUUUGCGCUCUGGAUGGUUUUAGAUGAGCAGCGUUUAAGCAAGAAGCGUGGAGGUGAAAUCUGGAAUAUAUUUUUCGGUGGCCGUUAUAUCAUUUUGCUAUUGGGGCUGUUCUCCAUGUACACAGGCUUCUUGUAUAAUGACAUAUUUUCCAAGUCUCUCAAUGUUUUCGGGUCUACUUGGAGGGUGCGCUACAAUCGUACUACCGUGCUGGAAAAUCCGAAUCUGGUAUUAGACCCAGCAGUCGCCUCUUUUGGAGUCUACCCGCUGGGUGUAGAUCCCAUUUGGCAAUUGGCCGAUAACAAAAUUAUUUUCCUUAACUCACUGAAAAUGAAAAUGUCAAUUAUUCUUGGGGUGGCGCAUAUGAUAUUUGGCGUCUGCCUGUCGGUGGUCAACUUUAUGCACUUCAAGAAAUACGCGCUGAUCUUUUUGGAAUUUUUGCCCCAAAUACUAUUCUUGAUUUUGCUCUUCGGUUACAUGUGUUUCAUGAUGUUUUACAAGUGGGUGAAAUAUGGACCAAAGACCGAUUAUUUGCCCGAUUCGCCCGGUUGCGCGCCGUCGGUGCUAAUAUAUUUCAUUAAUAUGAUGCUAUUCAGUGCAUCGGCACAGCUAGAGGGCUGCGAUGAGUACAUGUUUGACGCACAGCCGCUUCUUGAAAAGGUCUUUGUUGUGUUGGCUGUUCUCUGCAUUCCGUGGAUUCUGCUGGGCAAACCGCUCUACAUAACGGUUGUGAGGAGACUUCAAGCAAAACGGCAGCACAACUCACCUUUGGGCAAAUUAGAAGCGGAAGACGGUGGCCAUCAUGGCGCAGUUGGUACAGAUGAUGAAGAGGACGAGCCAAUGAGCGAAAUUUGGAUACACCAAGCUAUACAUAUGAUUGAAUAUAUCCUGAGUACCAUAUCGCACACCGCUUCAUAUUUGCGUUUGUGGGCUUUAUCGUUGGCGCAUGCGGAACUUUCCGAAGUACUGUGGAAUAUGGUGCUCUCCGAGGGUCUUAAAUUAGGCGGCUACCCAUCGGCGAUCGCCUUGUACUUCAUAUUUGGAGCUUGGGUUUUGCUGACGAUAGCUAUCAUGAUUUUGAUGGAGGGCUUGUCGGCCUUUUUGCAUACUUUGCGCUUACAUUGGGUUGAAUUUAUGAGUAAAUUCUAUUCUGGCGCAGGGUAUGCCUUUAUGCCGUUCAGUUUCAAAAUUUUAUUGCGAAGUGAAGACGACGACUGA